CAGAAUUAUAAUAAUAGAAAUGUAAUUUCAAGAAAAAAAUAUUACAAUUUUCAGAUUGGAUCAGUUAAGAAAAAAAUGCUCAGUAAUUCGAUUAGCGCAAUGUGCAAUUAAAUAGCUUCUCAUUAUUAGAAAAAUAAUAACAUCUUAUCUAAUAACGUUUCCAUUAUUAUUCGUCAUACUCUCUGUUUUGAACCAAAUCCAGCAACGAGAGGAUCAAUAUUCGAGGGUUUCGAGGCAUGUGCAGAGCCAUACCACGAGAACCAAAACAUAUGUUUGUAGAAUGACAAUUUAUUCAAAGUUCUUGUAAAUAGAGGCGCACAUUUUAUUAUAUCAGGUAUUUACACCAAAAACAACCCUUAACUAACCCAACACUAAGUAAAGAAGCUGGAAGAGGUAAAUAACAUUCACCUUUUUGUAAAAUUCCACCCAAGUAAAAUAUUAAAAUGGCAACAUACCCAGGUAUGAGUUUAGGUGGUGAAGUGCGCGAAAGUAUUUCCUUAGACGAAGACGAUUUGAGUGACGUUGAAGAUGAAGUUUUCAUUAGAGAUGGGAAAAAUAGUUACAAACUCGCAGAAGAAUUAAAUGUAAAACGGCCUUUAAUGGCCCCUCGGAGAAAAUUGGGAAAACCUGAUCUGACGUCCCGGUUGAAGGCUAAGCCCCCAUGUAAGGCGUUUUGUAAGCCGUGUUGCUACAUGUUUGCUGCUUUAAGUAUAGUAAUUGGUAUAAUAGUGCUAGUUGUAAUUUUUGUGUCGAUAUUUCCAUUGCCUUUGGACCGACUAAGGAAUUGGAUAAUAUCGAAAUCUGAGCCAGUUGGUAAUCCCAUUAAAUUAAUACCAUGUAGUAAUUUGAAAAUCACAGACGUGUGGGCAACUAAUUUGCCCAUACUUACCACAGAUUCCCCAGUUUGGUUACUUGAUCUGAACCAGGAUGGUGUUGAUGAUAUUCUUUUCGGGUUUGGCACGGGUGAUAACUACAAUAUUUUAUCGCCCGAAUUGUUUUGUCCGAUUUUUUUGGGAGUAGCACCUCCUUGCGAAGGAGGAGUGAUUGCUUUGAAUGGUACCACUGGGGAUAUUGUUUGGAGGUAUUGGACGAACGACACUAUUUUCUCCCUUCAGUGUUCCGCAGACCUUAACGGUGAUGGCUUGGAAGACUGCUUGGCUAUUGGAGAUGAGGGCACUCUUGUAGCAAUUAACUCGAAAAAUGGGUCCCAAUUGUGGGAAAAAAACUACAGUAAACUGGACGUUUAUGUGGCCAAUUUCGUACCAGAUCAAAAUAAUGAUACCGUGGCUGACAUUUUAUCUUCACACACAUCGCAAGAUUCUAGGGAGGGACAUCUGGUGUUAAUUUCUGGAACAACUGGGAAAGAGAUAAAGAGGGUAACGGUACCAUAUGGAUCAAAAACAUUCUUUAUGCCCCAGCUAUUGCGAGUUAAUGGUAGUGAUUUUGUUAUUUUCGGGACUGGAAGUCCCACAACUCCUGGAAAUUUGAGUGUGGUGCCUCUUGAUGGGCUUACGACGGGAAAUUUGUCGAUACGCACAAUUUAUCAAGAUCCUUAUAAAGGCAUCCUCACCCAAUCAAUUCUGGUCGACAUUAAUGGUGAUAACAUAUCUGACAUUAUUACUGCGAUGUACAACACCACGGUGGUUGCAAUAAACGGAUUAACAUUUGAACAAAUCUGGAAUUAUACGAUACCGAAUUCUGAAAGUAAUAUAAUACCAACGCCUGGGUAUUUUAAUGAUGAUAAUAUAACUGAUUUUUUGAUAAUUUAUGAAAAAUAUGAUAAUAUUCUUAAUUAUAACUAUACGACUACUUAUAUUAUCGAUGGGAAAACGGGAAAACCUAUUUAUACCAAGUCUAUAAGUGGAAGUAUUGCAACACAAAUGAGUGGAUUGACGUUGGCGAUGGAGUCACAUGGUUUUGAUAUGUUUCUUUUUUGGACAACGGAGUGUAGCAAUGUGGAUAUGUACAAGAAAAAUAAAGUCGUGGCGAAAGAAAAUGUUUUAGACGGCAUUUUUGACAUAUGUCGCCAACAAUUUAACACCACCAGUAUAAUGAAAUUAAAUGCACUUAAUCAAUACGAUCAACCACCUGGAUUUGAAAUUUACAACUCUGUUAAUAAAACUCUUCUGGAAUUUAACAAUACAAAAUCACCUUUGAGGCUCAUUAAAGAGUACAUAAUGACGCACCCUAAAAUGCGAAUUAUAAAUAACGAGGGUCAGGCGGAAGUAGACGAAAAUUAUAUGGACGACACACGGAAAAUACAAAUACACAAGUAUCGAGGGUCUAAUUUCAGACACAAAGAUAACAGACAAGGAAUAGUAAAAGAUUACAUGAAUAAUGAUAACAAUGAAGAGUUAAGCGAUGUCAAAUAUGAUAACGAAGGAGAGUGGCAAUUGGGGCCUCAGACAAAUAUCAUGAACGAACUUCCUGGAGACGACAACGACCCAGAUUAUGACGCGGAUCCAAAUAUGUUUAACCAAAAACAAAUGUUAUAUAAUGAUCAACAUAUGAAAAGUAGCAGAGAUCCGAGAAGUGAACUUGAUGAAACAUUAUCUGAAUCAACGACGGAUCCAGAACCACCUCAAGUAACAAAUAUAAAUUUUCUAAAUCCUCCAAAAUACGGCAUUUAUGACUACCAAAAUAUAAAAAUGGCCCGAAAUCGACUCCUUCAUGACUUGAACAACUUACCACUGGAAAUCCUAAGAGACACUUAUUUUAAAAACAGAGAGAGUCAAUUAAGAAAAUCAAAAUUCGAGCAGCGGGACAUAACUUCCCACAUCGAUAAAAUUAAACAAAAUGAAGAACUGAAAAAAAUUAUUGACACUGAAAAAAAAGUAGCUGAAAAUACGUCGUUCAGUUUGUGGGAUUUGGAAUCGGAAAAGGAACUGAAAGAUAAAGAGAACGGUUACUGGAGAGGCAAAAGGGAAAUAAAUGAAACAUUUUCAACAAUUCGUAAAAUAACAUCAGUAGGUGGAGUCUUGAAUUCAAUCAAUUCGUCAAGUAAUUCAAUCGACGUGGUUUUUAUCACCUACUGGCAGCCUACAAAAUAUCAAAGUGAGUCGAUGUCGGAUCAAGAAAUGAAAGGGUGUCUCGAAGAAAAACUUGCCAAAGACCAAGGUCAUACAUACGCCAAAAACACCGAAAAAGAGCAAAAGGAGUUGUACAUAAACGAGUGCCGCGCUGAGCAAGAGAGUCUCAAGCAGCAAUUUGUGGAAUUUGAUCGAAUUUUCGAACUUAGUCUGGGUCAGAUGACCGUUUAUCGAGUGAAAAUUGAAUGUGUGUGCGAUGUCAAGAAAGCUGAUGAACGAUGUGCCAAAUUCUUGCCUCAGGAUGAGCAAAGUUGGUCCAUGUAUUUAGGGAAAUUAGGAGAUGGAGUUUUUCAUACACGCAAUUAGUUCGUUACGUUCUGUUUCUUAGUUAAGUUUUAGAGGAUUAAACUUAUGUUGACAUAAUAAUCAAAUACAAAUGUACUAAGUGGUAAUUACAAUAUCUUUAAGAUUCAUACGACAAUCUGCAGUUUUAGUUUUGUAAUUAAAAUAUUUACAAAUAAAUUUAUUUUCAUUUA